AUACUUGACUGGAAACAAUAAAUCUGACGCUUGCUAUCGUUUGCUUUUAUUUUGAGCUCUUCAUUUCACCCCUCCAACAUUUUCGGAAACCUACACAAUGGAUAAAACAUCAGCUUUUUUAACUUCCAGAAGUUAGCAAGAUUAACAUCACUAAAUCAUCAGUAAGGCGUGGUAUUGAUUUAUUUGACUAAAUCAGCAUCUUUCAGCGGGGAUUAACUAUGGUGGAUAUCGGAGAGAGGAUUAUGUUAUGCUGUCAGCACACUUUCUCUUGUUUUAGAGACACCGGGACUAACACCUCACCUACCACGAAAAAACGGGACAUUGUUGUGAUUACAAAUGUUCAUACAGAGCCCCCACCAAGGGUCCUUUCGCCGAAACCCAGCUCAGUUUACAUUGCUCUGUACGACUACGCGGCUCGCACGGGGGAAGAUUUGAGUUUUCACAAAGGUGAUAAACUUAAGCCACUGAUUAAAAAAGAUGACUGGUGGUACGCAAUAGGAAUCACCGGGAUUUCGGCGAACAAACAGGGCUACAUCCCUUCUAAUUACGUUGCGCCUGUGGAAAGUAUCGACGCUGAACCAUGGUAUUUCCCAGAAACAAAGCGCUUGGAUGCAGAGAAGCUGUUGACGGAUGAUCACAAUCAGAAUGGAGCGUUUCUCAUUAGAAACUGUGAAAGCCAGGCAGGGGAACUCUCACUCUCAGUGUUGGACAGUGGAAAGGUGAAGCAUUAUAAGAUCAAAAAGUUGGAUGCUGGUGGCUACUUUGUAUCAAAGACUCGAACUUUUUCAACUCUGAGAGAAUUAGUGGAUCACUACUCCACGUGUGAUGAUGGCCUUUGCGUGCGUCUAGGAGAACCCUGCAGAAAAACAGUGGUUCCAGAGACCCAUGGUCUUUCAUACAACACAGUGGAUCAAUGGGAGAUCCCACGUACCUCUGUGAAAUUAUUGAGGAAGUUGGGAGCAGGGCAGUUUGGGGAAGUUUUUGAAGGAAUAUGGAAUGACACAACAGCUGUUGCUAUCAAAACACUCAAAAACGGAACAAUGGAUCCAAAGGACUUCCUGCUAGAAGCUCAGAUUAUGAAGAAACUCCGCCACCCUAGACUGAUCCAGCUGUACGCCGUCUGCACUAUGGAGGAGCCCAUCUACAUCAUUACAGAGCUCAUGAGCAAUGGAAGCCUCCUAGAAUAUCUCCAGAAAGACAAAGGCAGCCGUCUUCAUCUUUCUGAUCAGAUAAGCAUGGGAGCACAAGUGGCUGCUGGCAUGGCGUACCUUGAGUUGCAGAACUACAUUCACAGAGAUCUUGCUGCACGGAAUGUUCUAGUGGGAGAUAAUAAUAUGUGCAAGGUGGCUGACUUUGGAUUGGCACGUGUUAUUUUGAUGGAAAGUGAGAACAGUGAUGAAAACAUUUAUGAGGCCAAAGCUGGAACCAAGUUUCCAGUGAAAUGGACUGCACCUGAGGCCAUUCAGGAUAGCAAAUUUACCAUUAAAUCUGAUGUCUGGUCUUUUGGUAUUUUGCUGUAUGAAAUUUUCACUUUUGGACAAAUGCCUUACCCAGCUAUGACAAACAAUCAGGUGAUAAAAAAAUUGUCCACUGGCUACAGGAUGCCAUGCCCCGUUAACUGCCCAAAUUAUUUGUAUGAGAUCAUGACCGAAUGCUGGAAGGAGGUCCCAGCGGAAAGACCCACCUUUGAAACACUGCAAUGGAAACUGGAGGACUUUUUUGAAGUAGAUGUCAGCUCUUACGAUGACGCUAACCGCUACUAAGGGAAUCACACUUGAAAUGUUUAGAUUAAAAUUUAAACUAAACUAUAAAGAUGUUUAAUGGAACAAUAAUUCCGUUCUAGCAUGUAAACUACAUCGUUAAACUACAUAAGUUAAAUCGAAUAUGUAUUCUGAACUAUUCCUUUUAAUUUUUGAUUUAGCAUGCUUAACUGUUUUUAAUGCUGUGAAACUCAGCUGUGAUCAUAUCAUUACAGAUGAAUGUAAGGAAUGUAUUGGGCAGAUACUAUUGAAGAGUCACGUAUGGAAACUAGUAGAAGCGCAGCCUGAUUAACCUGCUUUAAGCAGAUAAAUAAUGAGUCACACUUCACCUCAGAAUGACAGUAGACCUAAAGACUGAACUGAAAUUUGCUAUGAAAACUAUGAUUAUCAGAUCAUUCUGAUAGAGCUUUAUUUACUAUUUUACUCAUUUUACUAAUUACAGACUUCAAAAUUUAGAAUGUUUUUUCUAUAAAAAGAAAAAGCAUGUGAAUUUUAAGCAUAAACAAGUGAAUAUAUUUUUUUUUGCUGUGCUAACUGUGCCGAUUCUGAUGAAUGUAAAAAUGUAUUUUAAAACCUUGUGGCCCGGUUUCACAGACACAGUUUAGCUUAAGCGAGGACUAUGCCUUCUUUGAAUGUAGAUAUUUAUGUCACUUUUAUAUGCACAGUACUGUGUGCAUCUCGAAACAAAACAAUGGCACAGAUAUAUUUUAAGACAUUUCUGGGCAAGUUAUAAUUAAUUAAGACAGGUCAAACAUUCACAAACAUUCAGCCCUUAGCCUUGUCUUUGAAACCGGGCCUGUAUGUAAAAUGUACUGUUUAAAGUGACGGCUGUCCAAAAAUCUAAAAAUCUGUAGUUAUUUACAAACACAAAAGAUUUUCUGAAGAUAUUGGUAACAGAACAAUGACGGAACCCAUUCACUUCUAUUGUAUAGAAACAAAACCAAUAGGCACUGCCGUUUUUCAGUUACCAACAUUUUUCUAAAUAUGUUGUUCUGCAGAAGAAAGUCAUGCAGGUGUGAAAUGAUGACAGAAUUUUCAUUUUUGGAUGAACUAUUAGGUUAACACCGUGUUUACAAUGGACUCAACAAAUGGCUUGUUCUAAUGGGAUUGUCGCACUGCACCACCUCCGGUGUGGACAAAAUUUUAAAUUAUAAUGGGUUCUAAUUCGUUCUCUUGUAGAGUCGCAAUCGCGCCACAUCCGGUGUAGACACGGUGUAAGGGUUUAUAUUCCUCCCCUAGGCAAAAUGAAUUGUACAAGUUUCCCCUUCAUUUAUAAAACUUUGUAAUUCAGUUUCUUUUUAGACUUUAAUAUGUUAAAGAAAUAGUAUCGAAUUAAUGCUAAUGUGUUGUACCAGGCAAUAAUAUUAACACUUGUUGAUGAAAUGCAUACGGAUGUGAGGAUCAAUAUGUUUUAGCUUGCAACUAUUCUGUUAAAACUAAUAAGUUGGUUGACAUUUGUAUAUGCCAUGAUUGUGGACUUUUUCAGGGGCAAAUUAUUUACAUGCAUCAAACACAGAAUACAACUCUGCUGAGAUUGAAGUCAAUUGAAUGACAAACUACACCAGUUCAUUUUUUACUGAUUAUUAAGUGUUAUUUACUGCAACUUGCACUCUUUAUGGUGAAAAAAAUAUAUAUUUUUUUCUUAAA